AUGGGUGUUCUUCCAAUCGAUACUCGUGAAGCUUUACAUUUGAAUGAGCUUCAUUCAAGAGCUACCUGUUACCGUCGAGGAUACGGCUACUACAGAUGUAAUUCCGCCUGGUACCGAUUCGGCCGAUGGAUUCUAGCCGGUAUACUCAUAUUCGUCGGUCUCAUACUCUUAUUUGCCAUUAUGUGCAUCACCAGAAGACGACGUCGUCGCAAUCAAAUUCGCUCCGGUAAUACACCCAUGACAUAUAAUCAAUCUAAUACCUACGGUCCCUCCGCACCCAACAACUAUAAUUCGCAAUCGCAACAACAGUAUGCGCCGCCUGCGGGGGCACCACCGAAUUAUGGGGGUGGCAAUCAGGAUUAUUAUGGCGCGAGUGGCGUGACGCAGCCGCAGAAUACGUAUGCGAAGUAG